GCGCGCACUGGGCUUCACACAGAACAAGAAGCAUUUUUAGUUUGGCCCGAAUGAGAGGUUCAAGAAAUAAUUUUCUUAUACCGAAGCGUUAUUAUUAAUCGAGGAACUGCUGGAAUAAGAUUAAUUAAUUAAUUCCAUCACUAAAAUGAAAAGGAAUUUGAGCGAAACUUUACCCAGACCCACUGCUGGUUGUCUGUCUGUGCCACUGUUUAAUCAAAAGAGAAGAAGCCGGCUACCUUUGACAUCAAAUCCACCUGAGAAUGAAUUCUGUCGGACUGCCAGCAAUGAAUUUCAUCCAGCAGAGAGCUUGGCUUCUCCCUCGAUGUCAUCAGGGAAUUCUGGGAACUCUGAUGGCAAUGCCCCAAACUACAUAAUGUCUGCUGGGCAAAACAGUCCGUGGAGCAGGCAAGGACAGCUGAGCAACAGACCAGCAGCCAGCUCUGCGGGAAGAGGCCUUGCGCCAUUAACACAUCCCAGUAGAACUGGAAACGUGGGACCGCAAAUGGGACAGCCGGGAUCAACGGGUUGGCAGGGCCCCAGUGCACAGCCCGGCGCCAAACCGUGCAGUUUCCCCGACAGCAGGGGAAGCGUUCAGUACCGGUCCCAACCUUCCCACACUUACGUGCAAUCAGGCCAGCAGUCAGUGCCCAGACAGCCAGGUCUCCAAGGAUCCUUCCGUCCACUGCAACCGCAAAGACCGGUGACCACGCCGCCCCCGCCGCACCCGCCCGCUGCAGGCGGCCAAUGGCAGGACUCGACCUGGAAGUUUAAGACCGCUGCGCACAGCGGUCAGUUCAAAGAAGAUAACCCGGUUCUUCCCACCAAAAAUGCCACCCGGCCUCAGCAGAAAUCAGCUGUGUUGCAGAUUAAGCUGGCGGUGGACAGUUCCCUGCGCGUCCUGACCACGGUCAUCGGGGGGAUGAAGCACUGGAGCCAGUACAAGGACAGAGUGGCCUGCUUGUUUGAGGUUUUCGCGACUCUCGACUCUGCAGUCACGGUCGGUAAUCACGGUGCAAAGAGCUUCCUCUUGAGGGACGGGAAGGAUGUUGUGCGCUGCGUCUUCUACGAAACUGACCGGGACCUUCCCAGGCUGAUCCGGGGCCAGGUGCACCGCUGCGUGGGGAACUACCACGGGGGGCGGGACCUGCUCACCUGCGUGUCGGUCAGACCCGCCUCCCCCUCAGAGCAGAGGAACGCCCAGGAGUCGGUGAGGGCGUCGGACGCGGAGAUGAGGCGGCUGCUCCAGUCCUUCAGCGAGAUCUGACCUGUAGGGGGAGGGCAAGGGGGGCGUGGCCAGCGGCAGCUCAACAUUUAAUUGGUUAAGAAGUGUUCCAAACGCAAGAAAACCCGAAUCAGUUUCUCUGCAUAACAUGAUUGUUUUCCUAAUAUGAGAUUUUUAGGAACUGUUUGAAUGUUGUUCACAUUAAAUAUGUUAUAUUUAUAUAUUUAUUUAUGUUCUCUUUUAGCAUCAGAUUUCUGUCAGAUCUGCACAUUCCAUUGCAGAUUUCACAGCUGAUUAAUAUAAUUGAAUAUGAAGGUUAAUAUAUACUGUGUAGAGCCAUAUAUGGAAUGGGGGAAAAUGCACAUCCGUGUGAUUCCUCAUUAAGUCCCACUGUUUUUUCAUACAUACCUGUUCAUAUGCUCAGAUCUGUUUGUGUCGAGUCAGUGAAUAAAAUGUUUUCAUCAG